AUGACCGCGGCCGCCCUCGCGCCCCGGCCGCGGCCGCUGCGCCUGUUUCUGCUGCCGCUGCUGCUGCUGCUGCGCGCCGGCCUGUUGCGCGCCGACAGUAAGGUGUUCGGCGACGUGGACCAGGUGCGGAUGACAUCGGAGGGCUCGGACUGCCGCUGCAAGUGCAUCUUGCGGCCGCUGAGCAAGGACGCGUGCAGCCGGGUGCGCAGCGGGCGGGCGCGGGUGGAGGACUUCUACACAGUGGAGACAGUGAGCUCCGGCUCUGACUGCCGCUGCUCGUGUAUGGCGCCACCCUCCUCUCUCAACCCCUGCGAAAACGAGUGGAAGAUGGAGAAGCUCAAGAAGCAGGCGCCGGAGCUCCUUAAGCUGCAGUCCAUGGUAGACCUCCUGGAGGGCACCCUGUAUAGCAUGGACCUGAUGAAAGUGCACGCCUACGUACACAAGGUGGCCUCCCAGAUGAACACGCUGGAAGAGAGCAUCAAGACCAACCUGAGCCGGGAGAAUGAGGUGGUGAGGGAGAGCAUGCGCCACCUCAGUGACCAGCUGAAGCACUAUGAGAACCACUCGGCCAUCAUGAUGAGCAUCAAGAAGGAGCUCUCCAGCCUGGGCCUCCAGCUGUUGCAGAAGGACCAAGCCACUGCCCCUGCCACCGCCCUUGCCACAGGCCUUGAUAGCAAGGCUCAGGAUACAGCUGAGGGGAAAGGCAAGGACAUCAACAAAUAUGGCAGCAUGCAGAAGAGCUUUGUAGACAGAGGCCUCGCAAAACCCCCUAAGGAGAAGCUGCUGAAGACAGAGAGGCUGAGGAAAGAGAGUGGCAAAGGCCGAUUACCCCAGCCCACAACCAAGCCCCGGGCCCUGGCCCAGCAGCAGGCUGUGAUCCGAGGCAUCACCUACUACAAGGCAGGCAGGCAGGAGGCGACAGAGGCUGUGGCUGACAACACCCUCAAGGGCACUUCCUGGCUGGAGCAGCUGCCACCCAAGGCAGAGGGCAGACCACCUGAGCCCAAUUCAGCAGAGCAGGGCGAGGCAGGGCCCAGGGCCUCCGAGGGAGCAGACGUGGUCCCCAGCACCCCCUCUUCAGACCCCGCUACCACCCCUGCCCCGACUCGUCCCACCGGUCCCCUGCCCACUGUGCUGCCUUCACACCCAGAAGUCUCCAGCCAAGGCAGAGAGGUGAGUUGUGAGGGCACCCUCCGGGCCGUGGACCCCCCUGUGAGGCACCACAGUUACGGGCGCCACGAGGGUGCCUGGAUGAAGGACCCCACAGCGCGAGACGACAGGAUCUACAUCACCAACUACUACUAUGGAAACAACCUGGUGGAAUUCCGCAACCUGGAAAACUUCAAGCAAGGCCGCUGGAGCAACAUGUACAAGCUGCCCUACAAUUGGAUCGGCACGGGCCAUGUGGUAUACCAGGGCGCCUUCUACUACAACCGUGCCUUCACCAAGAACAUUAUAAAGUACGACCUGCGGCAGCGCUUCGUGGCCUCCUGGGCGCUCCUGCCAGACGUGGUGUACGAGGACACUACGCCCUGGAAGUGGCGCGGCCACUCGGACAUCGACUUCGCAGUGGACGAGAGUGGCCUGUGGGUUAUCUACCCCACCGUGGAUGACCACGACGAGGCCCAGCCCGAGGUGAUCGUGCUGAGCCGCCUGGAUCCCGGCGACCUCUCUGUGCACCGGGAGACCACGUGGAAGACGCGGCUGCGACGCAACUCGUAUGGGAACUGCUUCCUGGUGUGCGGCAUCCUGUAUGCGGUGGACACGUACAACCAGCAUGAAGGCCACGUCGCCUACGCCUUCGACACACACACAGGCACCGACGCUCGCCCCCAGCUGCCGUUCCUCAACGAGCACGCCUACACCACCCAGAUCGACUACAACCCCAAGGAACGGGUGCUGUAUGCCUGGGACAAUGGCCACCAACUUACCUACACCCUUCACUUUGUGGUCUGAGCGGGAACACCUGCCCUCCCAGGACGGGGGUGACAGUGGAGGGUAGGGGUUACCCACAGCAACUCCUGCAAAGGACCCUGUCAACAAAUAUUUAUUGGGUGCCAGGCCCAGAGCUAGGUGCUAGGCAUGUGGCGGUAGCCAAAUAGAGCUUCCUUAGCACCCAGUGGAAUAAUACUCGCUUCCACUUAUAGCACUGUGCCCAGAGCUUUACAUGCAUUUACCCAUUUAAUCCUCCCAACACCACCCUUGGAGGUAGAGAUCGUUUUCCCCAUUUAACAGAUGAGGAGACUGAGGCUCAGGGAGACAUUGCCCCUUGCCUAACUUCUCAGUUUGGAUCAAGCAGGUGAAUCCAGGCGCUCACAACAGCUUCAUUUUACAGAGGAGAUUUGACCAUGGUCUCUCCUACUCUCCAGCCCUAUCCCCUGAGUCUGUCUUGUUCUCACAAUUCUCUCUCACUCCCCAGGACCUUGCAAAACCAGAGACAUUUGGGGCCAAUGCACUAGUGUUGGGUGGAGACCCUGGCUAUGCCCGCUACCGCAGGCCCCAAUUCCAGCUGAGCUGUUGGUGGCCCUGGACUUCAGGCCCCUUUGGCCAGCCCCCCACCCCUACUCCACCCCACUCCACUCCAACGGCUGUCCGGCCACAUUCCAAACCUCCACCGUCACUCAACCACUGAGUAGAAACCACAUCCCAAGAGAAAAUAUUGGCCCCCUUUCCAAGGCCCCCUCCCUUCAGUACUCAUUUUUAUUUUUCUCUUAUUCUUCAUCAGUGCCGUCAUUUGUUUCUGCAGCAGCAGCUGAGAAGGCUGUAGGCAGCUGCUUGCCAGCAGCAACUCCACCAGGGUGGGGAGAUGGGCUGGGCCCUGAGGCUCCCUCUCCACCCAGAAGUGCUGGUUUUGGCCACAUACCCAGUGCUUAGGUCUCCUCCCUGGUCCCUCUUAGAGCCUCUGUGCCUGGGGUCCACCUUGUCCUUCCUCUCUGGGCCUUUGAGCUUACAACCUCUACACACUCAGGGAUACCUCCAGGUCUGCUGUAAGCUAGGCCUGAAGCUGGGGUGGGCCAGGAUGGAGCAGGUUCCCUCUUUGUCAGGCCUAACCUGGUCAUCUCGGGGGUGGCCCAGCUGCCUGGGGAAGUUGGGGAAGGCAGAGGGUCCAGGGGAGGCAUUGAAUCUUCUGGUUACAGACCAGAGGGUAGGAUUAAAAAGGGAAGGAGUGGAGGUACAUGGGUAGGGCUUUUCCUGGUUUCAGAGAUAUUGGAGUGGCGUCACAGACAGGGCUGCCCAAGCCCAGGACGUGGGGUUGAGGAUGUACAAGAGGACCACCUCACCAGGUACUGCUGAUGGGCCCCUGGAGCCAUAGACCCAGGCGGCCCCACAAGGACAAGACCUUCAAGACUGCCCCUUGUCUGCUUUGAACAGUAGCUUUACAGCUGGAAAGAAAUUCUCUAAUCCAAUUCCCUGUUUCACCAACAGGGGAACAGGCCCAGAAGGUUUAGCAGGCUGCUGGAGGUCACACUGGGAACAGGACACAGCACUCUUGUUUUCAGAAGGGCUUUGUCUAUGACCUAGGGGCAGCUCUGCCUGGGAAGGCAAAUAGACCACCCAGCACCUUGGAAGGGUAUUUACUGCUAAUCCCUGCACAUCCCCUGGACCUUCCCUGCUCCCCCCACUCUGCUACCGUGCUGGCUUCCGGGACAUCUGAAUAUUUGUACACCAGCUGCCAUGUUAGUAAAUUCAGCUGCACAACCCUCUGGGCUGUGAAAGAUGACAGCCUUUGUGAGAGGAAGGCUGCAAUGUGGAAAGAAAUGAAUUUUGUGCAGAAUACAUUUCUUUCAAGCAUUGUCAGGUGAGGUUCUGUUGAAGCUGUAACUAACCCCUGAAAUAAAGGAGGAUGACACCCAGUGGAGCACGGCCUGACUCAUAGUGGCAGACACAUCCAGCUCCCCCACCCAACCGGCACCGUGUUUCCACUUACAGGCUCUGAAGAGGGCUGCGAGGCUACGGUGCUUCCCUUGGCUCUGGGUGUGGGUUUUACAAGACUGUGCCUCCGUGAUAUCACAGCCCAGCCAUGUGAGAAGUAUUCAGGCCCCUCUUCAUUAGUCCAAAAAAAGGGAAAGUUAGAAUGGGCAGAUUUUGAAACCUAAAGAGUUGCUUUAUGGGGGAGGUGAGCAGCAUCAGAAAUGGUGUGGGUUUCAGCCCCCAAACAUUCGCUAAGCCCCUUCUGCUUUCAGACCCUUGAACGUGGGUUAUGGGGUAGGUAUAGUUGUCCUCAUUUUACAGAUAGUCAAACUGGAGCCCAGAGAAGUUAAAUCGCUUAUCAUGUAGGCAGGAAGUGGAGAGCCAGGUUGUCAAGUCAGAGAACAUGACUGCCAUUGUCGAUUGAGCACCUAUGAUAUGCUACUGCAUGUAUGUUCUUUUGGUAUCUUCACAACAGUGGAAGGUAUAUACUCUGAAUGUGCCCAUUUGACAGAUGAGAAAACUGAGGUGAAGAACUUUACUGAGGGUCACACAGCAGCUUAGUCCAUGGCAGUCAGGAUUUCAGGGCUGGUUGUAGCAAGUUCUUUGCCACUAUAUGGCACCGCUCUAGUAGCAACUCCAGAAGUGGCCAUUGUUUUCAUCCAGUGUGGCCAGACCACAAAUCACAUCCAAGGAGGAGGUAGGGGCCAGUGUGUAAAAAGCCUUGAAUGCCUAGCCAAGGAGUGACUGCCUCCAAACAUGUUUGGAACAAAGCUGAGUAUAAAUUAACAGAGAAAUGAAAAUUCUAAGACAACUGAUUUUGUCCUGUCAGUGAGGGGAGGCAGGGAAGGGUAUCUGUUGUGGGAGGACUCGUAAGCUCUAAAGCUUUUUUUAACCCACCCCUGGGCUUUCUUACCUUUGGCAACAGGUACCUCAAAUAAGGAAAGACCUAGAGUGGGAAGGGCCAGUGUUUCUCUACUGACCUCCAUUGUCAGGGCAUAAGAAGCUGGCUCUGGUGUUUCCUGAACAACAUGAUACAUGAAGGGGGUCUGGCUACCACCUUUGACUCCUUCUUGGACAUUCCCAGGCUCUGAACUUAAUCUGCUCUGUCUGGGGAGGAAACCAGGGAGCCCCUGCCUUGGAGGGCAGGACAAAAGGUGAGGCCAGUGGUUUCCCUGGGAAUGAUUUGAGGGCUCCUGAAAGCCCAUGUGUUCCAAACCAUCUCUUCCUCCAUGACUGCCUGUGGCACUGGAAACCAUUCUGGUGACAGAAGGACACAGCACUGGGCGGAGUCAGGGAGCCCUGGGUU